AUGUCCGACCUCCUUUUGAAUAUUACGACUUUGAACCGAACAUACAUUGAAUUGGCUAGGCAGAGGUACAGCCUAAAACGAAAGAUCUGUCUAGUCGGAUACGGGGGAGAGGAGUUGUGCCUCACACGCGAAGUUUAUCCUCACGCUGAUGCAGAUGGAGACCAAAAACAUGUCACUGAAUUUCUUCUUCGUCAAGAAGCUACAUGCGUUGUAGUUACCGACGCCUCUCUUGUCCGUGUAUCCCGUUCAUCUGACAUUGGGUUGGCCACAAUGACAGGUCGGCGGACGGAAGAGACUAAGUUGACUGUUAACUUGCUUUCAGCUGCAAAGGACAACUUCUAUGACGGGAGGAAAGUCAUCUCUGUCCUAAGACAGGAAAUCGUCGAGCUGUAUACCACGGAAUCGGGCUUAAAAGCUGCAGGUGCUGAUCCCGCCGUCAUGCUAUUCCUCCUCACUCAAAAAGAAGUCGACUUCAAGAUAACUGAAAGAGUCCUCCUCAGUGCAGCCCAAAAUCAUGAAGUCAUGGAACUACUCUUCUCAUACGGCUUUGAUCAUCUCCUGAUCACGGAAGAGGUGAUCAUUGCAGCUAGUAGAUCCCCUCGGGUGAUGUCACUUCUCAUGGAGAAACUAGGCAAUGAGAUUACUAUCACCGAGGAGCUUCUUCUGGCGACCAGUAAAAAAUCCAAUAGCCUUCACAUCCUUCUACGUUGGAUGCCUGAUGGUUUCAAGUUUACGGAACGCGGCGUUUUAGCCAUCGCUGAAGUUUAUGGUAUCAAGGACCUUCCUUUUGCACGCCAAGGCUCUAUGUUCAAGAUUACAGAAGAGACCCUGCUUGCUGCCAUCUCACACUGGCAUAUGAUGAACCUCCUUCUUAAAGUAGGAGGAUUUGAGAUUCAUGUUACAGAAAGAGUUUUGACCGCCGCAGCUCCGAAAUUUCCUAUUGUGGAGCUGCUUCUUGAGCAUGGGGGUGAUGAAGCUAAGGGCAACUUCACAGAGAAUGUCCUUAAAGCAAUAUAUGCCGCAGCAGGUGCGGAUCCCCGUGAUAUGCAUCUCCUUGUUAAACUUCAGAGUCGGUAUGAUUGGUACAAGUUUGCAAAGAGAGGAACUGAUCCUUCUCGAUUCCCUCAUCUCGGGCAACUCCUCCGAGCGAAAACCGAGUGA